AAGUCACAAAACCCAGUCAGACCAAAAAACCAUGACAUCAGACGCACAUUGCUUAAGGCCUUAAAAACCACCGAAUUCCAUAUCAUGCAUAUAUCAGAAAAAGCACACACGCACACUCCCAAAACAUUCUUUCUACAACCACCCACAAAACCCUAUUAGGAUUUUCUAGUUAAGCUACGAAGAUCCUAACAAGAUGCUCGAUCAGAUCGAAUAUUCGAGUCCCUCGGCAGAAGAUCAUGAGACUUUCAGCUGUAUGAGCUCACCGGGAGCUGCUACUACAAGGAGGAAGAACGACAAGAACAAGAAGAGGUUUAGUGAUGAGCAGAUUAGGUCACUGGAGUCCAUCUUUGAGUCUGAGUCGAGGCUUGAGCCGAGGAAGAAGAUGCAGUUGGCCAAAGAGCUAGGGUUGCAACCGAGGCAGGUUUCUAUUUGGUUUCAGAACAAGAGAGCUAGAUGGAAGUCCAAGCAGCUUGAGAGAGAAUACAGCAUAUUGAGAGCCAAUUACAACAACUUGGCAUCAAAGUUUGAAGCUAUGAAGAAAGAAAAGCAGGCCUUGGUUGUUCAGGUUCAGAAGCUGAAUAAUCUGAUGAUGCAAAGGGAGAAUCGUGGGGAAGAUGUAGCUAUGAACAGUGGCAUUGAUGGUGAGUCAGAUAAUGGAGAUGCCACCAUUUCUGAAUCUGAUCAGGUGAAGCUUGAUCUUUCAGUGGAAAAAUCAGAGCAAGGAGAACUUGGGGUGCUGUCAGAUGAUGACAGCAGCAUAAAAGCAGAGUACUUUGGACUGGAAGAUGAAUCAAACCUUGUUAACUUAGUGGAGUAUGUAGAUGGUUCCUUAACAUCAGCUGAGGAUUGGAGGAAAUUGAAUUCUGAUGGUCUUUUUGAUGAAUCAACUGGUGAUUAUCAGUGGUGGGACUUCUGGUCUUGAAAACAGAAAAUGUGUGUAUAUAAUGAAGUGCUUCUUCUAUUGGAGUGAUCAAGAGAAAGGGGCUUAUAAACUCAUCAGAGUUACAUUAGCUUUUGGAGAUUGUUUGUUCUUCACCAUGUCACUUGCAGACAUUGUGCUACACUCAAUCACUUAGAUGUCCUGUUUAAUUACGAUGUUACAAUUCUGAUAUGUGGGUCUGUGUCUAAUCUUGGAUAAGUAACAUCAUAAGGCCCAAAGACACACACAUGUAUGCCUGCAGUCGGCUAGAAUUUUGUAGGAGUUGGCAUGUUGCUCAAUACUCUGAACCUUGAUGUAGCCUCUAACAUAUGUGAAUUUGUUUUAUUUUUGGUGUCAA